AUGAAUGUUAAAGUUGGUGAUAUAAUACGUAUGGAAAAUGAUCAAUUUGUUGCGGCUGAUUUACUUUUAUUGUCAACUUCCGAACCUCAUGGCUUUUGCUAUAUCGAAACAUCAGAACUUGAUGGUGAAACGAAUUUAAAAGUUCGUCAAGCUUUACCGGAAACGUUUGUUAUGGGGGAUAAAUUACUACGAAUAAGUGAAUUUAAAGGGCAAAUUCAUUGUGAAUUACCAAAUAAUAAAUUGAAUCAAUUUGAGGGAAGAUUACAUUAUGAUGGUAAUGUUUUACCGCUUGAUAAUAGGAAAACUUUAUUGAGAGGUUGCGUAUUGCGAAAUACUCGUUGGUGCUAUGGACUAGUAAUAUUUGCAG